AUGGUUGGGCCGCCGUACAAUUACACGAAACUCGAUAAGUUGCCUUAUAAUGGAACCGUGUUCGUUUACGGACUCGUCGAGAAGGUCGAGUUCUUCCGCGACCAGGGCUGCUCUUUCACUAUUCGGGUUCGCUAUCUUCAUUCAGUUGUACCUACCUAUACUUAUUAAAAUGGAACGAUAUUAGAAAAGACGAGUUUUAUUCUUUUUUUUGUUUAAAAAUUAAGGAGAAGGAAGUUUUUUGGGUGCGGCAGAAAAGCUCACUUUCCAAUAAUAGAAUUGCGAUUUGCAGGACGAAACGGCGAGCGUGAAGGUCCGCGCAGACAGAAGUUCGAAUUCGUAUCUAGAAGGCAUCGCUCCCGGACAAAUCAUCAGAAUUCAUCGAGGCCUUGUUUUCAGCUGCACCUGUAUUCUUCCAAUAUGACAGUUUCUAGACAAAGACUCAUAAUGACGUCAGAUCGAUAGGAAUCCGAAUCGGCGCCAGCGGAUGCCACGCCGUUUUGUGGGAACCAAAUAUCCUGAAUGCGCAUCAAUAUAAGUUCAUAACUUCCAAAGUUUGUACUAUAACAGAAAAAGACGGAGAGCAGGUUGAAAGAAUUCUAAGAACUUUUUUGACUGGUUUUUUCUUGUUUCAGCUAAAAGCUCUCAACGAUUUGAGGAAUCAUGCAACACCAUUGCCAGAAUCGGAGGUUCGUUUUCUCAAGAGAGAUGAUAUUUUUCAUUUUGUAGAUGGUUUCCAAUGGCGCCUCUACAUCGGCUGCCCAGGGCAGAAAUAAAAGUUGUAUUUUUUUGUAAAAAAAGUUAAUUUAUGAAAUGUUUUGAAGAUUUCGCUAAACUUUCUCCUCUAUACAAGCCGCCGGUCAGUCCGAAAUCAGAAUUAAGUCCGAGGGAGAAAAAUUUUAGAAACGAAACAAACAGGCGGAAGCUGAAGUGCCGCCGGUCGUCGAAAAUACGACGCCAAGUAAGUUUUUCGGCUUUUCAUGUAUAGAUUCAUAAAGUAACUUUGUUUUAAAGUUUUUUGGGUGAAUUUUUUCCCAAUUUAUAAAUGUAUUUUACUUCCAGCUAUUAUUGUUAGAUAGACGGACUAGGAUAAGUGAAAAAAAAAUGGAAAAAGAUAAAUUUACGACCUUUUUUUCAUUAUUCUCAUGCUGCGGCGGGUAGGCCCGUAAGACAAAAAGGUCAUAAUUUUACAUUUCGGGUGCUCCAAAAUUUCACUCGGUUAACUUGGAGCAACCGCGGGGUCAUUACAGCCAUUUUUCAAAUCUCUAAACAUACAAAAAAUUCAAAUAAAAGGUUUCUAGGCGGUGGAAAGUUCAAAAUCAGUUGAAUGUACUUUUUUUCCGAGAUUUAUUUUUCCCACGAAAAUUUAUUAUUUUUUUCAGUUAGAAAACGAGAUGACUGUAAAAUGUAGAAACACGCUUUUUGGGGUGAGUGGUUUUCUAAAAAGGUUAAGAAUGAAAUCGAAAAUGUUGAGGUACGUCGGAUCUUCACGGAAGACGCGGUGAGACAAGGGCUGGAAGUAGGGAAAGAGAGGGUUUCUGUGCAUCGCGGCGUCGACGAAGAGAUGAAGGAGCUCUUCUCCGCCGACGUCGGCACCAAUCUUUUCUUCGAGAAGUCUCGCGAUCCUCAGAAUCUUUUCCCACAAUAGAGUCUUCAGAUUCUAUCGAGUCGACCUGACUUUAUUGGGAGAUCUCGGUGAUAUGAUCGCACUUUGGGUGCUUCAAUGUACCCACUGUUCGACACGGCUAAUUGUCGAAAGGAAAACAUCCUUGUUUUGUUCGAUUUGUGCGGGUUCGUUUGUGUUCAGUAGACGUGAAAAGAAAAAUAAAGAAAAUAAAUCGAAGAAUUCAUCCCUUUUCAACAAAGAUUGUCGUCGUAAUGUGAACUUUGAUACAUUAUUCCAUAAAUGUCGAGCUGAACAAAAUUUCUAAAAAAAAGUGUUUUUUUAGCAGAGGUUUUAACAUUCGUGGGGUGAGAAAAAAGUUCUCAUUUAUUUUCGUUCCAAAAGAUCUGUUUUUUUUUUCGAUAAUCUUUCUACUGAGAAAUAGACUUGUUCCAAAUUUUUUCAGAAAAAGAACUUCAAAUGAUCACACUGAAGUUACGACCGUUCAUCAGAGUUCCAGUUCCCGUGAAACUCUUUUCUGGGCACAUCGCCUUGGUUUUCUUCUGUUUACCCAUGUCUCAUUUGGUAGUUUCGUUUUUCGAAAAUGUUCUUAAACUUUUUUGUUCCAGAAAAACCCAUUAGGAAUCGACGCGCUGGAGCAGAACUGUAUAAACGAAGCUUACAACGGCGACGAUGUCACAUUCCUACUGUGGAGAGACAGAGUUUUCUCUGCUCUGAAGGUUUCGUGCUCAGAAACUCUUUCUAUCCGCUUUUUGUUCUUUUCAGGGUUUCUUCUCUUCGAAAGCCGUCUGUCCUUCGGCGUGUCUUCUCGACUCAGUGGUCUCCAAACAAAACGUGGCCAACAUUUCCCUGCAACAUUCCCUUUUUCGAAACAUCCAGUAA